AUGAUACAACAACAAGCAACAUUUAAAGGAACAGUAGUUAUACCAUGGUCAGCUAGGUAUAAUACCUUUUCAGUGCUAGAGCUCCCUGAAGGCCCUUCAAAUUGGAGUGAUGAACAGGAGAUGCGAGCACGAAUUGCCAACUAUACCGCCGAGAAGUUCUCGCACAACUACCAUAAGUGGAACGUGAUUACGAUGCCAUUGGACUCGUCAACGAGACAUUCACCACAGCGGAAGAAACGCGAUGGUGGACUCGUUUCUGGCCCGAUUGCCACUGCCGUGGUCACGGGAAUGAUCGGAAUGACAGCUCGAACUGUAUCAGAGCUGACGAAUUUCCAUCCAUCGCAGUCUGAAGGAGGCUGUACAUGGUUCGGCACGGCCCCUUUAUGCAACUGGCCAUGCCCCUCCGAAUACGACUUCAUUCGUAUGCAUAAUGGACGAUGUUUCAACAUGUUGGUUUUAGCGGUUUUUGCGUUGCCUGAACGAUAG